ACCCCGGGUUAUCAUCGUUCUAAACACCGUUUUUUAACCCGGGUAAAGGAACGUUUCACACUUGUAAUUUUGAAGCGGGGUUAGCACCGCUUUUUACCCGGGGUUAUGUCCGCUUUUGCAUUGUUAACCCUGCAUUACGGUGCCAAACUUGUACAGUGUGAAACUAUGCGGUGUUAGAAUGUUACAGCCAGACGCUUAGCAACAGACAACCAAUCGCGUACUCAUAUUUGCCAGUUUUGGACAGUCACGGAAACACUGCACAUUGUAUAUAAACAGUAAAUUCAGUGUUUGACAGAAAAAAUGUAAAAUGCUUACAGGAUUAAUUGCUAACCCCGGAUGAAUUAUGGGCGGCGUGAAACGUGAAGCAAGAUAACCCAGGAUUUCGUUAACCUGGGGUUUAGAACGACCCAGGGUUAACUCUUUCAUGUGCGAAAAGCCCUAUUUAUUUAUUUGCUGAGUAACUGUGUUAUAAACUGAUACAAUGACUGACUUCCUGUAUGUGCAACACAUGCAAAGCCACACCUCAUUGUCUUGUUGUGACUCACUGUUUCUUAUUGUGUGUCAGUGUGGUCCAGAUCCAAGUGAGCCAGUCAGCACCGACAGGGAUACACAGCCAAGAUGACUGAUGGAUGGACGGAUUGACAGAGAAGCCCACUGAUGCACAGGCGGACGCCCGCUCUUUCCUGAGUGAGGAAAUGAUUGCUGAGUUCAAGGCUGCCUUCGACAUGUUUGACACCGAUGGUGGUGGUGAUAUCAGCACCAAGGAGUUGGGUACCGUCAUGAGGAUGUUGGGUCAGAACCCAACCAGAGAGGAGUUGGAUGCCAUCAUUGAAGAAGUAGAUGAAGAUGGCAGUGGCACUAUUGACUUUGAGGAGUUCUUGGUGAUGAUGGUCCAGCAGUUAAAAGAAGACCAAGCUGGCAAAUCUGAAGAGGAGCUAUCUGAAUGCUUCCGUGUCUUUGACAAAAACCAAGAUGGUUGGAUCGAUCGUGAGGAGUUUGGAGAAAUUUUGCGUGCCACUGGCGAGCCAUUGGCAGAGGAAGACAUAGAUGAACUCAUGGCAGAUGCAGACACAAACAAAGAUGGAAAGAUUGAUUUUGAUGAGUUUCUUAAAAUGAUGGAGAACGUCCAGUAAGAAAAAAAUUACAUUCCAUCCCCUCCAAUCAUUAAUGAAAGCAAGUCAAGAGUACCGUGGACACAACACCCUGGUUUAAAUCACCAGAAAUAAAAAUGGGCUAGAAUUUGCAUUAAGGGACAGAGAAUUUUAUAGCUCAGUGCUGAUCCCCAAGGACCACACUAUGAUGGUCUCUAUAAAUAACCAUCCAAACCUUUUAAGAGGAAACCACUUACCCCCAGCUGUCCCCUACUACACCUGCUUCUUCCCAAGACAUUCUCCAGCCUUCCUUCAAGCCCCUUCCACUCUACAGUGCUUCAAAAUAACCCUGCUGCAGUAUUUACCUUGGAAACAGACUUAAUGUUGUGUUGUCAUGGAGUUCAGAAAUCUCUUUCCUUUAGCUCACGUUAGCAGUGUCUCUGUAAAUCUAUUAAAAAGGCAUGUUUUGGCCAAUGUG